AUGGCGGGGAUAGAGCUGUGCCAGCCGAGGGAACUCUGCAACAUCCUCAACCAGCACCGGCUGCUGCCGCGGGUGGUAGACCCCAGGCACCUGUGCCUGUUGGAUGUCCGCACUGAACCUGAAUAUGAUGAGAGCCAUAUUUUUACAGCCCGCAGGAUUACACAGGAUCUUACGGGGGGGCAUCUGAUCCCGACUCCACUGGAGCUGGCGUGCGUCAGAUACUGCGUGGUGUAUGACUACAAGACCAGCUCGUUGGAUUGCAGUGACUCUGAUGAAGGAGGAGGAAGCAGGUUUUUGGACUCAAGUUCCACGUCUUCACAACAUGAAGCUUUUUGAUCUCAUUUAGAAGCCAAGAAGGGACCUGCCAUCCACUAUGCUGAAGGCUUAAAGCAGUUCACCAGCCACCCCGUGCUCGUCCUAAAGGGAGGAUACAAGAACUUUUCAGCUUGCUAUCAUUUCCUGACGACUCAGAGGACUGUGUGGAUGCCCUGGGAGCUGGCCAAAUUCCAGACAUACCCCGUAGAAAUACUACCUGCGAAGUUAUAUAUGGGCAAUAUCAAGCAGGCCCAUAACUAUCAAAUACAGGAACACCUGAAGAUCCACGCACAAGUCAACAUCUCAGAACAGCACACAUCUCUGUUUGCAGACAUAAACAGAUACCUCCACAUGCCUGUUCCAGAUACACUUGAAGCAGAUCUUUCUUCUUUCUUUCCCACCAUUUGUCAUUUCAUAGAUGCUCAGCUGGGUCACGGAGCGGUGCUGGUGUUCUCCAGGCGGGGGAAAAGCCGGAGCAGCACAGGAGUCAUGGCCUAUCUUAUUUAUUCCUGGAUGUUAUCCCUAAAGAGCAUCUGGAGCUAUGUCCUGAAGUGCAAAAUGAACAUGAGACUGCACCAAGGCUUUGUGGAACAGCUCUUAGACUGGGAGACCAAAAUACACAAGACCAAGAUCACAGGCAUCUCUGAACUCAACUACUGAAGAGAACACCCAGCAGGGAAUGGCAUUUCCCCAUCUGUACCCCUGUGCUGGUUGAAAGCUACUUGAGCUUCAAAUAAAAUAGAAUGGCGUUCCUCUUU